AUGUCAUCAGAGACCGGGAAUGUUGUCGACAUCCAUGCGCCUGUGGAUGGCUGGGUGGGUACUUCACGGGACAGAGGGAGUGUUGAAAUUCUUUGGGACUGUUGCUUCACUGUUAUCCUCUGUUGCUGGGUUUCUACGCAUCCCAAUGCCUCAUCGCCUUCAGACAGGUGGUACCAUCACUUUCUCGAUAAGUUACACUUGGCUCUACUAGGUCUGUUGGGACCCGACUUUCUUUUUGGACUUGCCCUAGGGCAAUUGUCAAGUGCACGAAGAAGUGUUAAGUUAUUUAAACGCGAUGCACAUCUAUGCAACGGGUCCACAUGGACGUAUCGCUAUGCUUUCUUCGUCGAUAUGGGCGGAUUAUUUUUGAAAAGCCCAGAUUUUCCCGAUGGCUUCCCAGUUACUGCCGAAGAACUUCAUUACCUAGUGAAACAUGAGCACGUAGAGUUUCCCAAUAUGGAAUCUCUAAAGGUCGAUAAGACUGACACCGCAGACACCUUAUCUAGAGUUCUCACUGUUCUCCAAGUUAUAUGGUUUAGUGUUGGCCAGCUCUCGCGGAUACACAAGGGCCUUCCGAUGACCACCUUGGAGCUGACCGCAUUAUCGUUCGUUUCGGUUACGGUCUUCACCUCGGCGUGCUGGUAUUGGAAACCAACCAUCCGCCAGCCCGUAUAUAUCGAUACUAGGAAUGGAAAACUAGUGAGCGAGAUUCGUACCAGAGCCAAGCUGGAGGUUCGUUUCCCUCCGCCCCUGGGUUGA